AUGGUGUUUCUCAAGUAUUUCAAUGAGGCAGUGACCUCGUUCAUCUUGCUCUUACCUCUCGUCGCGGGUACGCAGAACGUAUCGAAUUCGCUGCCGACUGUCGACCUCGGAUACGAAGUAUAUCGGGCCGCCGACUUCAACCAAACCGCCGGCUACUACAACUUCUCCAACAUCAGAUAUGCUGCCCCACCUCUCGGAAACCUGCGCUUCAGAAAGCCCGAGCCUGCCCUGACCGACCGCUCAGUGGUCAAUGACGGCAACACCAACCGCAUCUGUCCCCAAGGGUCGGCCAACUGGGGUAUUGUUGGGACUUUUCUCUUGGAUUACAUCGCCACCGGCAAGCUUCCAAACAUCAGUACCAGCGCCAUAAACGACGUAAUAAAUUCCGACACCGUUACGAAUGUCACGCGGGACCCGCGCGAAAGCGAAGACUGUCUCUUCCUAGACGUGAUUGUUCCGCAGGGAGUCUUCGAGAACGCAGGUUCCGGACAUCGUGGAGCUCCUGUUCUCGUUUGGAUACAUGGCGGCGGCUACACCUCCGGAUCCAAAACCGGCUACGGCAGCCCCGCCGGCCUGCUCAAGCGCUCGCCCGACGACAGCAGCGCCAUCUACGUCUCCAUGAACUACCGCCUCGGCGCCUUCGGCUUCCUCUCCGGCCCCAGCCUACAAGAAGACGGCACGGCCAACGCCGGCCUGUACGACCAACGCCUGGCCCUCCAGUGGGUCCAGGACCACAUCCACCUCUUCGGCGGCGACAAGGACCGCGUCACCAUCUUCGGCGAGUCCGCGGGCGGCGGCUCCGUCAUCCACCAGAUCACGGCCUUUGGCGGCGAAGAAGCACCCUUAUUCCAGCAAGCCAUCCCGCAGUCGGCCGGCUGGUUCCCGAUCGGCUCGCCGCGCGACCAGGAGCGGGUCUUCCAAGACUUCCUUGCUGAGGUCAACGCGAGUAGUUUGGCUGACGCGCGGAAUGCGGAGGAGGAGGUACUUAUUGUGGCUAAUGCGCGCCAGGUCGCGAGGUCUGUCUACGGCCAGUUCACGUACGGCCCGGCCAUCGACGGCGAUUUCGUGCCGCUGGACGCGAAGGCGCUGCUCGCGCAGGGGCGGUUCGCGGAGGAGGUGCGCGUGCUGGCGGGGCACAAUGCGGAUGAGGGACUGCUCUUCGCGCCGCCGGUGACGAAUGAUGAGGACUUUGUCGCGUUCGUGCGGGAUGCUUUUCCCAGCGCUGCUCUGGAUGUCGUGGACUACAUCACUGGCACGCUCUACCCGCCGGUCGGGGAUGGCACGCUGUAUGAGAACGACAUCGAGCGCGCCGCGCUGCUCUCCAGCGAGGCCUUCUUCACCUGCGCCGACUACGCACUCAACCGCGCGAGCGAGAACGACAGUUAUCGGUACCUCUUCGCCGUCCCGCCAGGCCUGCACGGCCAGGAUGUUGGGUAUACGUACUUCGACCCCACCGCACGUAGUAACGAGAGCGACGACAGCCUCCUUUAUCGCCUCUUUGGUCCUGUCAACGAGACGCUGGCGCUGGUGCUGCAGGAUUACAUUACGAGUUUCGCUGCGAGCGGGGUUCCGGAGAGUGCGGUGGAUGGGUUGGCGAAGGUUGAUGUGUAUGGGCGGAACGAGAGUGUUGUGAGGUUGGACAAGGGUGGGAUCGAGGAGGUGAGGGAUCCGGCGGCGAAUGAGCGGUGCAGGUGGUGGAUGUUGGGGCUGUAUUAUUGA